AUGAUACCGGGUUGCUCCGAUGCCGCGGCAGGUCUGUGGCAACUGCCUACACAGCCUCCGAUGCCGCGGCAGGUCUGUGGCAACUGCCUACACAGCCUCCGAUGCCGCGGCAGCUCUGUGGCAACUGUCUACACAGCCUCCGAUGCCGCGGCAGCUCUUUGGCAACUGCCUCAAACAGCCUCAGCUGCCGCGGCAUCUCUGUGGCAACUGAAGCUGCCACCGGAAGCUGCCACUGAAAGACCGAGAGCUGCCGCGGCAGCUGAGGUUGCCACCGGAAGCUGCCACCGAAAGCUGCCGCUGCCACGAUUUGCGCUUGCCCUUACUGCAAUCACGCGGAGCAGCAGAUUGGACGGCGUGCACGAGAGAAAUCAUUUGAGAGAGUUAAUGAAAGAGAGACUAACUGCUGCUGCUGAAGAAAUAUUCAGAGUUUUUCACAAAACUAUCAUCGAGUAUGAAGAAGAGAUCGACCGUCAGCGCAGACUGCUGGAUAUCGCCUGGAUACCUGAAAUAAAGCUGCACACGAUAGAGCUCCCACAGCAACAAGAGGAGGAGGAGGAGGAGGAGGUUCUCAAUGAUGAGCAGCUGUGCAACCAUGAGAGGAACUCCAGUUUGGACCAAGAGCCUCCACAAGUUAAAGAGGAAAAGGAGGAGCUUUGCAACAACCUGGAAAGACAACAGCUGAUGGUGAAGCAGGAGACUGAAACCUUGAUGCCAACUGCUGCUUGUGAGGAAAGUGACAACAGUGAAGAGCAGACUCUAGACUUAAUGAUUGAGAAUGUUGUCAGCUUGUCAGUUAAAAGCUCUGAGGUACCAGAAACAAACAUUGAUGACCAGCUCCUCUCUCAUAACUCUCAUGUAGCUGAGAGCCAAGAUCUCAAAGGAGACAAACAAGGAGACUCAGGAUCUACUAGAAAUACAGAGACAAAACCACAGAAUGUACGUAGCUCUACCACAUCAAAGAUUCAGCUGGAUACUGAAACAAGUAAAAAGGUUUUGAAGUGUGAUACUUGUGGAAAAGCUUUCAAGUAUAUUUCUCACUUGAAAGUACACCACAGAGUCCACACAGGCGAGAAGCCGUACACACGUGACACUUGUGGGAAAACCUUUCACCAAAUGGCAAAAAUGGAAAGUCAUAGCAGAACACACACAGAUGAGAAGCUGUAUCCGUGUAACACUUGUGAAAAAAGAUUCUCUGAGAAGAAGGUAUUAAAACAGCAUAUGAAAGUUCACACAAGUGAGAAGCUGUAUCCGUGUGACACUUGUGGGAAAAGAUUUUCUCAUGUGGAUGCAUUGAGAAAACAUAUGAAAGUCCACACAGGUGAGAAGCCGUAUUCGUGUGACACUUGUGGGAAAAGAUUUCGUGAAAUGACAAAAGUGAAAAGGCAUAUGACAGUCCAUACAGGUGAGAAGCCAUACCCAUGUGACACGUGUGAGAAAAGAUUUUCUCAUGUGGAUACAUUGAGAAAGCAUAUGAAAGUCCACACAGGUGAGAAGCCGUAUUCGUGUGACACUUGUGGGAAAAGAUUUCGUGAAAUGACAAACGUGAAAAGGCAUAUGAUAGUCCACACAGGUGAGAAGCCAUACCCAUGUGACACGUGCGAGAAAAGAUUUUCUCAUGUGUAUGCAUUGAGAAAGCAUAUGAAAGUCCACACAGGUGAGAAGUCCUCCCCAUGUAACACUUGUGAGAAAAGAUUUUUUGAUCAAAGCACUCUAAGGCGCCAUAUGAGAAUUCACACAAGUAAAAAGCCGUAUCAAUGUAACACUUGUGAGAAAAGAUUUAGUAAACUGUGCAAUGGUAAGGUGCAUAUGAGAAUCCACACAGGUUAG